UUUGCCAGUCCAUUCUAGGGCUCAGGAAAAUGUCAACAUGCUUCCCAACCUGCAUUUGUCACAAUGACUACCAGAAGAAAAGGAAGAUCUAUGACAUCCCCAGAGAGUUACUUGCUGCUUACUUCCCUUAAGCCCUGCAGGCACUGAAGGGCUCUGUCCAGUUCCUAUUUGCACCGGACACCUGCAGUCAACCUCUUAUGCACUCCAGCACCCCCAUCAGCUCUCUCUUCUCCUUCACCAGUCCAGCAGUGAAGAGACUGCUAGGCUGGAAGCAAGGAGAUGAAGAGGAAAAGUGGGCAGAGAAGGCAGUAGACUCUUUAGUGAAGAAGCUAAAGAAGAAGAAAGGAGCCAUGGAUGAGCUGGAGAGGGCUCUCAGCUGUCCAGGGCAGCCCAGCAAAUGUGUUACGAUUCCUCGAUCCUUGGACGGGCGGCUGCAGGUGUCCCACCGCAAGGGUUUGCCUCACGUUAUUUAUUGCCGAGUGUGGCGUUGGCCUGAUCUGCAAUCUCACCAUGAGCUGAAGCCCCUGGAAUGCUGUGAGUUCCCAUUUGGCUCCAAGCAGAAAGAGGUGUGCAUUAACCCCUAUCACUACUGCCGUGUGGAGACAUCAGUGCUGCCGCCUGUAUUGGUGCCAAGACACAGCGAAUAUAACCCCCAGCUGAGCCUUCUGGCCAAGUUCCGCAGUGCCUCCCUCCACAGUGAGCCACUCAUGCCGCACAACGCAACCUAUCCUGACUCUUUCCAGCGGCCUCCAUGCUCUGCAUUCCCUCCCUCAUCAGGGCAAGCAUUCUCACAGUACCUGUGCACAGCCAGCUACCCUCACUCCCCAGGAAGCCCUUCAGAGCCAGAAAGCCCCUAUCAACACUCAGGUCAGUAAAAGCUGCCAGUCUAUGUGGUAUACAAUUCAACACAUUUAUGGUGUGAGCAUCAUAGUUUUUAAUCACUGUAACUCACGUUCAUGUAGAGUUUUACAGUUCACAUGGCAAUCUCUUGUGUGCUCUUGGACCCUGCCCAGCCUCUAAGAUGAUCAAUACUAUAUCCAUUUUGAAGCAGUUAUCCUGGAGCUACAACAUGCCUUUGCUCUAGUUUUUGGUCCUAAUCCUUUGGACGCUCUCAGAAAUUAAAUGGACUUGAACAGCAUCCUUCGGAAUUUUGAGGUGUUUUGUUUGUUUGUUCGUUUUGUUUUUGUUUUCUAAAGCCAGUAGCAAUAAGCUUAUAAAGACUU